UCCCAAACUAAAGAUGUCCACCAAACGUCGGAUUUGUGGGUAAAAGGGAGUCAGAACUGAAGUGGGCAACAUUGUUUGCGUCUUGCUUGUGGAUGACGCUCCUUUAGGAGCGGGCCUAACAUUUCCAGCCCGGUUGGCGGAGCGCUAGGCCCGCCUCCAAUAUGGCCCAAUCGGGAAGAGGGAAAAGCUGAGAACUAAGUAGGUAUUGGUUGGCUUCUGGGCUAAUCGGAAGAGUCCCUGUUUGGCGGGAGUCUUGACCGCCGCCGGAGCUCUUGGAUCCUCAGCGCUAGCUCUGGGUGUCCGGCCGCCGUGGCCAUGUUUGUGUCCGAUUUCCGCAAGGAGUUCUACGAGGUGGUUCAAAACCAGAGGGUCCUUCUCUUUGUGGCCUCGGACGUGGACGCUCUGUGCGCUUGCAAGAUUCUUCAGGCUCUGUUCCAGUGUGAUCACGUGCAGUAUACGCUGGUUCCGGUUUCUGGGUGGCAAGAACUUGAAACUGCAUUUCUUGAGCAUAAAGAACAGUUCCAUUAUUUUAUUCUCAUAAACUGUGGAGCUAAUGUAGACCUAUUGGAUAUCCUUCAGCCUGAUGAAGAUGCCAUAUUUUUUGUGUGUGACACCCACAGGCCAGUUAAUGUCGUGAAUGUCUAUAAUGACACCCAGAUCAAACUACUCAUUAAACAAGAUGAUGAUCUCGAAGUUCCUGCCUAUGAUGAUAUCUUCAGGGAUGAAGAAGAAGGUGAAGAGCAUUCAGGAAAUGAAAGUGACAAUGGGUCAGAGCCUUCUGUGAAGCGCACACGGUUAGAAGAGGAGAUAGUGGCACAAACCAUGAAGAGGAGGCAGCGAAGAGAGUGGGAGGCUCGGAGAAGAGACAUCCUCUUUGACUAUGAACAGUAUGAAUAUCAUGGGACGUCGUCAGCCAUGGUGAUGUUUGACCUGGCGUGGAUGAUGUCAAAGGACUUGAACGACAUGCUGUGGUGGGCCAUUGUUGGACUAACGGACCAGUGGGUGCAAGACAAGAUCACCCAGAUGAAGUACGUAACGGACAUUGGCAUCCUGCAGCGCCAUGUGUCUCGGCACAACCACCGGAAUGAGGAUGAGGAGAACUCCCUCUCUGUGGACUGUACACGGAUUUCCUUCGAGUACGACCUCCGCCUGGCACUCUACCAGCACUGGUCCCUCCAUGACAGCCUAUGCAACACAUGCUACACUGCAGCCAGGUUCAAGCUCUGGUCUGUGCAUGGGCAGAAGCGUCUCCAGGAGUUCCUUGCAGACGUGGGCCUCCCCUUGAAACAGGUGAAGCAGAAGUUCCAGUCCAUGGACGUCUCCUUGAAGGAGAAUUUGCGGGAGAUGAUCGAAGAGUCUGCAAAUAAAUUUGGGAUGAAGGACAUGCGCGUGCAGACUUUCAGCAUUCACUUCGGGUUCAAGCAUAAGUUCCUGGCCAGUGACGUGGUCUUUGCCACCAUGUCACUGAUGGAGAGUCCCGAGAAGGACGGCUCAGGGACAGAUAACUUCAUCCAGGCUUUGGACAGUCUCUCCAGGAGUAACCUGGACAAACUCUACCAUGGCCUGGAACUCGCCAAGAAGCAGCUGCGAGCCACGCAGCAGACCAUCGCCAGCUGCCUCUGCACCAACCUUGUCAUCUCCCAGGGGCCCUUCCUCUACUGCUCCCUCAUGGAGGGCACUCCGGACAUUGUGCUAUUUUCCAAGCCAGCAUCCCUGAGCCUGCUCAGCAGACACCUGCUGAAGUCCUUUGUGUGUUCGACAAAGAACCGGCGCUGCAAGCUGCUGCCUUUGGUGAUGGCCGCACCCCUGAGUGUGGAGCAGGGCACUGUGACUGUGGUGGGCAUCCCCCCAGAGACGGACAGCUCAGACAGGAAGAACUUUUUUGGGCGGGCGUUCGAGAAGGCAGCAGAGGGCACCAAUUCUCGGACGCUGCACAACCAUUUUGACCUCUCAGUAAUUGAACUGAAAGCAGAGGAUCGGAGCAAGUUUCUGGAUGCACUUGUUUCUCUCCUGUCCUGAUGAGUUUGAUUUCUUCUGAUGUGUCCUCCUUCUCCUAAUUUAUAUUAACUGGGUUUUAUUUAGACUAUAAGUUAUGGACAUGGUUUUAGACACCCACAGUGGGUUUUUAAUGGAAUAAAAUGUUUGUUUUAGCUUUGG